AAGAACCGAGUCCUCUCUUUGCUGUCCUGUAAAGAUGUAUAACAACCCCAGACAUUGAGCUGACAGCAAAAAGAGACACCAUGUUCAGGUUCUCUCUAAUAGUCUGUGUUUCUCUGAUGUGUGGCAUCACAGCAAAGCCAUAUAAACCCUGGAAUAAACUUCCAGAUGAAGCGUUCCAGGAUACCAUUAUGUCCUUGGAUGGCAAAGAAAAGAUUCCCUGGGGAGUGGAAGUGGAGCCUCCGGAGGACAAGGAUGAGACUCAGUAUGACAUCGACCCAAGCGUGACAGGCAGUGGACUGAACAAACAGCCCCUCAAGACUGAAGAAGACUUGGAUAAACUGCACCAUGCUUCAGUGGCUGAUCUCCUUAAAGUUCAAAUCCCAAACCUGGAUGCCCUCCAUGCCGCUGACAUCCAGGCAGAGUCAUCAGAGGAAGAUGCCAACAUGAAGUACAGUCAGAAACCAGAGGAGGACAAAGAUGACAUCAACCACUCUGUUUUCAGUCAGGUGGCUUCAGAGGAACCUGAGCAGGACUGGGAUGAAGUCUACCAUAGAUCGAGGGAGGAACUGGAUGCAUACCUGGUCCCACUAGUAGCUGAAUACAAAUCUCAUGCAGAGAUUCAUGUUGCAUACUCUGAACCAGAGAAGGACGAGGACGGCCUGUACCAUCACGAUGACCAGCGUUCACCUGUGCAGAUGGGGCUUCAGAGAAAUGAGGUCAGUGGUGGAAGAAAGGUCAGAGUUCACCUUCAGCCAGAGGAGGACAUGGAUGACCUGUACCACAAAGACUUCCUACAGCCCAUCCCUUACCAACUUGAUGCUAAAGCUGCCGCUCCUGUUAAUUUGCCAUCUCAGUGGAAGUACAGCCAACCAGAGGAAGAUAUGGAUCAUCUCUACCACCAGUAAUCCUUCAACAACCGCACAACCUGUGUAGAUCCUUAACAAUGUAAGGAUGUAGCUGCAACAGGCAGAUAAAUCUGAAGUGUCAUUUGAUUCAGUUAAACUGAAUCAGUAAGAAUGAACAAAACUUAAUCUCUGUGUCGCUCAUAUGGAUCUUGAUAAUAAAGAUACUUAGCACAUUUCAUCCAAGACUGUUUUAUUUAUUAACAUAUAUGUAUAAUUACAAAAGUACAAACUCAUUAAAAAUCCACCUUCUCUUGAAUUACAGCUGUGACUUAAAAAAAGCAUUGUUUUUUU